AUGUCAUACACGUUACAGGAUCUAUUACGUGAAUUGCAACAACAGCAGCAGCAGCAGCAACCUCAGAGAGGUUCAAGGGCUCAGCGCCAGAGACAAGGCCAAGGCCAGAAGCGUUUCAAUGCGUCUCAGUUCCAGUCCUUCCAACCAAGUGCUCAGCCAUUUGUUCCAGGACAGCAAUACGGUGGUUACCAGCAACCACAGCAACAAGGUGGCUACCAGAACUAUAACCAAGGCUACAACCAAGGGUACAAGCAAAACUACAAUCAAGGCUACAACCAAGGUUACAACCAAGGUUACAACCAGUACAACCAAGGCUAUAACCAGGGCUACAACCAGUACAACCAGGGCUACAACCAGGGCUACAACCAGUACCAGCAACCACAGCAACCACAGCAGCAACAGCAACGUGGUAUGUCCUUGGAGGACUAUCAGAAGCAGCAGACCACAGGCUCUGCAGCUCCAAAGGUGAAGAGAACGUUGAAGUUGGCCUCAUCGUCUGGUAUCAAGAUUGCCAAUGCUCCAAAGAAGGAGGAGAAGAAGGAGGAGCCAAAAGAGGCUGUGAAGGAAGAGAAGAAGGCUGAGGAGGCCAAGGAGUCGACUCCUGUGGCAAAAGAUGAGCCAAAGGAUGAGCCAAAGGAGGAGAAGAAGGAAGCAACUCCAACUCCUGUUGCAAAGGCUGAGGCUCCAAAGGCUGAGGCUCCAAAGGCUGAGGCUCCAAAGGCAGAUGCUCCAAAGGCAGAUGCUCCAAAGAAGGAGGCCACACCGGCUCCAGCAGAGCCAGAGGAGGAAAUCGACGAGGAGAUCGUCAACGAGAUGUACGGUGGUAAAGACCACGUCUCCAUCAUCUUCAUGGGCCAUGUCGAUGCAGGUAAAUCCACAAUGGGUGGUAACCUCCUAUACCUCACAGGAACCGUCGAUAAGCGUACUGUUGAGAAGUAUGAGAAGGAGGCCAAGGACGCCGGUAGACAAGGUUGGUACUUGUCUUGGAUCAUGGACACCAACAAGGAGGAGAGAAACGAUGGUAAAACCAUCGAAGUUGGUAAGUCCUACUUCGAAACUGACAAGAGACGUUACACCAUUUUGGAUGCACCAGGCCACAAGAUGUACGUUUCCGAGAUGAUUGGUGGUGCCUCUCAAGCAGAUGUCGGUAUCUUGGUUAUCUCUGCCAGAAAGGGUGAGUACGAAACUGGGUUUGAAAAGGGUGGUCAGACAAGAGAACAUGCCUUGUUGGCCAAGACACAAGGUGUCAACAAGAUGAUUGUUGUCGUCAACAAGAUGGAUGAUCCUACUGUGGGAUGGUCCAAGGAGAGAUACGACGAAUGUACACAGAAAUUGGCCAUGUACUUGAAGGGUAUUGGCUACAAUGUGAAGGAGGACGUUCAAUUCAUGCCAGUGUCCGGUUAUACUGGUGAUGGUUUGAAAGACCGUGUGCCAAAGGACAAGUGUCCAUGGUACGACGGUCCUUCUCUCUUGGAGUACUUGGACAACAUGAAACACCUCAACAGAUACAUCAACGCACCAUUCAUGUUACCAAUCAGUGCCAAGCUCAAGGACUUGGGUACCAUUGUCGAAGGUAAGAUCGAAUCUGGCCAUGUCAAGUGUGGUGACAAGCUGAUCAUCAUGCCAAACAAGACCAACGUUGAAGUCACCACCAUCUACAACGAAACAGAGAACGAGGUGGACGCUGCUUACUGUGGUGAACAGGUCAAGAUCAAGCUCAAAGGUAUCGAAGAAGAAGACAUCUCUGUCGGGUUUGUCCUCUCCUCUCCAAAGGCUCCUGUUAGAACUGUUACCAGAUUCGAGGCUCAAGUUGCACUUGUUGAGCUCAAGUCCAUUCUGACCUCUGGUUACACGUGUGUUAUGCAUGUCCACACGGCCAUUGAGGAGGUUACUGUCAAGGCAUUGUUGCACAAGCUGGAGAAGGGAACCAACAGAAAGUCCAAGAAGCCACCUGCGUUUGCUAAGAAGGGAAUGAGAGUCAUUGCUGUUUUGGAAACGGCAGGUCCUGUCUGUGUUGAAACGUAUAAGGACUACCAGCCUCUUGGUAGAUUUACUUUGAGAGAUCAAGGUGUCACCAUUGCCAUUGGUAAGAUUACAAAGUUGUUGGAGUGAUUUGAUGAUGGAUUCGUGUGCUUCUUUACUGUAUAUUUGCCUAAUCUCAGCGAACCAGUUUAGUCUUGUAGAAGUGUUUCCAAUGCAGUGAUUAAGUUGUGUAUGCCGUCCAAGAUGUCGUCGUCAGGGCCCUGUCCCGGUGUAAAUUUGGCGUGUGCAAAGUCUAUCAUGUUGAGUUGACUCAGAGGACCGGGAUGUGUAUCAU